UCCGCCAAUUUCAAACAAACAAUAUGGAAGAUAAAAAAGAUUCUGACAAGCGUGCCAUAAAACAGUACUGAAAAUGAAGAGUUUUACGCAUUAUGACAAAGUUAUUGUUAUUUUUUCUGCAGUUUCAUAUGUAGCUGACAUUGCCACAGACAUUGCCUUAACAGUGUAUUUCCUGUCGUCUGGGCACCAAGUAUGGGGAGCGCUGACCUUGACCUUUGUUGCGCUUGCUGCGCUCGUGAUGCAGGUUUUCAGCUUCCACUGGCACGUUACAGACCGAACUGUUACAUGGCGGUCCCUACUGGUGCAUCUGCUCUUCUUAGCACCACUUCAGAGGUACAUCAGCGUGUACAGACAGGGAUUAAAGUCAUGCCGUACCCAGAAGCCUGAAGACUUGGACUACGCCUACAGGCAGCUGAAUGACAUCAGCAUACUGCGGCUAUUUGAGACAUUCCUAGAGGCGGCACCACAGCUGGUGCUGCAGCUUUACAUAGUGUUGUCAGAUUUGGAGAACUUCAAUACAUUGCUGGGUUUCUCCCUGUUCUUCUCUCUCAUGUCCAUUGCGUGGGCCAUGACGUCCUACAUGGAUGCCCUCCACCUGGCCUACAGGAAGAUGUACAAGCGCAAGGCCAUUGCGAUGUUUGCCCACGUCAACUGGCAGACUGGGAUGGUCACUGCACGUGUCGUCUCCAUUGUGCUGUUUACAUCAGUGUUUAAACCAUAUGUUGUUGUGCCCCUAGUGCUGCAUUUCAUAAUCAUGCUGGUCUGGAUCAUCAAGCAGGAUCCUGAGUUUGGCUCCACUGCAUGCGAGCGUCGCCUGUUCACCAUCAUAGCCUCGGUCAUCCACAUUUUAUGCUUCCUGAACUUGAAGGAUGGAAGGUCCAGAUACCGCAUGGCAUUCUACUACAUUCUCAUGCUAGUAGAGACGGCAGUGUACAUGACAGUGUGGUACAUGUGCAAGACGUUUACUGGGCCUGUCUGGUUUGACGUCACUGCAUUUUCUGUGGUCUUUGGGAGUUUUACAUACGGCACAUUGUUCCUGCUGCUUUAUUAUGGCUGCUGUCACCACAGUGGGCCGGUGCCCCUCCGAAAAAAGCAGGACAGCUUCCUGAAGGCAGGGAGCCAACAGUGGCGAGGGUCGGCCAUACACAGACCAACCAACAUACCUCCUGAUCAACGUGAGGAGGAGCCUUGUACACUGGACAAAGCGGCAACACAAAAGCCGUCCAUAUUUGACGUCUCCACCACAUCUGCUCGUAUCAACCUGUGGCUAAGUGCCUCUGUUGACCUCAGCAAGGCAGGACUAGUGGAGAACCCAGACAAUCUGAUCGACCCCGCUGUGAGGCCAGACAACCCCAACAGGAGCACACUGUCUGACAAGUACCUGUCCCCGACUACGCUCACAUGGAAACGCAAGGAAGGACGGGACUUUGCAGAUGGCAGUUACAACACCGGUCGUUCUUGGACAGCCCUAGGUAUGCAGGUGAGCACUUUGGUAAACCAGUCUGACAUGAAAGGACAGUCCUACCUGCAUGGGGAACAGGAGGUAUCCAAGCACUCCAUGCAGGACUACAACCUCAUCGAGAUGUUCUCACGAUGCAAGCAGGACCCCUCGUAUGUGUCUGACAGCUCCAUAUGCGACUCAUUCUUUGACCAGACCCGACGACAGAGUGCUGGUUUGCAGUCUAUAGCUGUGGAACAAAACAUUUCAACUAUUUCAAGGUAUGGAAAUGAGCAGCACAAAAGUGUGACUGAAAUGGAUUGUUCUAGAGGGAGAGUGUCGCACACUUCUAAUGAGUCUGCAAGGUCGCUGCUUCAUGAGAAGUCUUUGUCGCCAGCGCACAGGCUGUAUCAGUAUGAGCAGAACAACUCUAUUGAUGAGGUACCAAAUACAAGACAACUGCACUCCACCGUCAGGAAUGAUUCCGGUUUGGAUAAAAAUUCUGUGUCUUUUAAUGGUUCAGCCUAUCAGGAUAGUUAUGCGGAGAGGAACAAGUACAGAUUGGUACCGUACAGCUUUAGUGAUGAGCAGAAUAAAUCCCUUUCCGAGAUCAGGCCUAAGAAAGGUCGUGUUUCCGCGAUUUCAAAUGAUUCCAUGAGGUCCUUGGAAUGUGACGACUCUGUGUUUGUGUGGGAUAAGAGUACAGACAGGUUUAAUCUGGUUGAUAUUUCACCGUUAGACGCCAGAAAACUGAUUGAGCAGUCAGAAGAACGAUUUGAUAUGAAGCCCCACUCGAAGAAAUAUCUGACUUUGGAAUCUAAACCUCAUGUUUUGCCAGAUAAUGGUCCUGUUUUGACAGUCACGCAAGACGUAUCGAGAGGCAUAACUCAUCUCUCCUUGUCCUACAGUGACCUAAAUUCCAAAGACAACUCCGUGAACAAGGACAGUUUCUAUUCAGCCGACAACAUGGAUGGAUUAUGCAGACUUCCAUCAUUGUGCAAGCAAGUUGUGAAUAAAUCACAGGAAUCUAUCACAGACAGCAGAUACUCGAGUGACUCUAAAAUGCUCUCAUUUUCAGAUACAUCCCUGCCCCUCCCUGAUGCCUCUGGAAGACUGCGUCUUUCAGAACUGCAGCCAGAUAUUGUGCAGAGCACACGGCAGGACAGUACCAACACCAGGUUAUCCUCCGUAGAGAAUUCACGGAUGAGCAAAACCAGUCCUGGCCAGUUUGAGGGUAAACAUUCGCUGGAUAGCUUCAACAGCAGGGACUAUUCUUCCUCAUCGUACCUCUCUGAUCGUGGGAUGCCCUCUUCAGACCGAGGACAGUCACUGUCAAACCACACCAGCAGCCUGUCAGCCCAGAGGUCAAGAUCCAGUGGCUUUCAGAGUGACGAGUCCAAUAUGGCCAGUCCCGCCUACAUGAACUUCAGUUCUCAGAAUCAAAAUGUAUUCCAGUCUACACCUGUUCUGGAAAACGAAAUCCUGUCCAUUUCUGCCAAAAAGCCAACUGAUGCAUUGAAAAAGAAAAUGAGCUUAGAUCAUGAAGUUUUCUGGGACAAAAGUUGUUCGCAAAGCUUUAACAAUUUAACACCAGUGUUAAGCACAAACUCUUUGAAAACUUCAGAUGGAGAUUCUGUGUUUUUUAAAGACACUACAAAGACUGGGGAGACUGUGUCUGAUUCAGACGCUGACCAACAGGGCUCACCCACACUGCCACCACUGAGAUAUUCCAGACGCUCAUCCUCGGGAGGUUCUGGAGGCUCCAGUCGUUUCUUCACGGAGCCACCAACUAUGGAUGAGGAAAACUGGAAUGGAAAGGAGCAGGAGCCAUCAAACGAGAACUUGACCAGGAGUCAGAAUUCGACAGCGUCAUUUGGGACUCGUCAUGGCUCCAGUACGUACCUGGAGAAGUCCAGUCUGUCUGCAAUGCUUUCUGAUAUGUCCAGCAGUAAGGGUGGACUGCAGUCUUCAGUGGAGACGAUUUCAUUGUCCUCAGAAUCCUUGAAGAGGUCACAGGGACCUACAAGUCUGAACGCUUCGGAUGCCACAUUGAAGAAGGCGGCCAGCUUGCCCUACCUGGAUGGAGAGUCCCAGGGGAUGAACCCAGCAGACAGCUAUAAUAGCUUGCCUACGGGGAACCGAGUGUCUGAGUACCUGUACACAAACCAGACAGAGCGAGUCAGGCUGCAGCAGCUGUAUUCUGAGUAUAGGAUAAACAGAGGUCAGAGUUCAGAAGAGUCGGCAGCAGCCAAUUAUUAUUCUAAUACUCAGGAAGAAAGAUUACAAACAUACCAGUAUUCGCCAUACAGAAAAGGUCAUAGUGUUGGGAAUGUUAAUCAAGAAAGAAGGCGUUCAAGUUUGGAGCAAGUCCCUGGAGGUCGGUUGAGCAAUGUUGCAAAAAUGGCUCCUAAAAAACUGCAUGAACUACGAUCAAAGAGUGAAGUAGGGAAGAAAAACUCGCCAAUAGAAGUAACAGAAUAUUCAGAUUCACCAUACAAGUUUAGAAAGCCAUCUGGUAACAGUGGUGGGAAUGAGAACAUCAGAAGAGUGAGCUGUGAUAGUGUUGCAGAUAGCGUGGCCUCAACCAACACAUCAGUGCAUCUAGAUUAUGAGAAUCUGUUUGUGCAAAGUGAAUUCCUGGCCAGGUGUUCAAGAGCUUCUCCUGAAAGUCUGUCAGAUGCUGUGAUUUUGGAUGAGCACAGUCUUCGUCAAAAUGUCAGCAUCAAGUUAAGCUCAGAUAAUAGAAGUACACAAUCACAGAUAUCAAGUGAUCUUGCGUGCGAUAAUAGCAGUUUGCAGUCCGAAGAAAUUUCGCAAAGUAAAUCACCAAUUAAUAUUUCAGGAUUGAAUAGUGCUUUUAGACCAGUUAGAAAGAGUCCCGAGGCUCCUCAGAGAGCUCAGUCUAAUUUCACAUUUGCUGUGCCAGCUGAUGUUAGGCGCAGGUCAUUAGAACAAACAUUCCAAGGAAACAAAUCCACGGAUGUUUCAAAAGCAGGCGACUCAUUAAGGCGACGCUCCAAUGGCUCACAGUUGUCCAAUAUUUCAGACACUGCAUCAUCAUUCCAGUGGUCUCAGGAAUCUGACUGCAAUUCGUACACAGGGACCCUCGAAAACACAACUGACUCUCCAACAAACUUUCUGCGUAUGGCCGGCAAAAAUGUCCUUAGUUUCUCUGCGUCCAGUUUUCCGCGUGAUAACUCCAGCAGUCAAACGUCCCAGCACUCCCAAUCGGACUCCAUCCCUUGGGAAGACUCUGUCAACAAGUCCAGUAACUACCAGAUCCCAGAAAAUGUCUUCAAAUCUGCACCACGACUGCCCCUUCAGGCGAUAGAUAACACACCCGUGUUCUCGCCGAUAUAUGGACAAGACAAGCGCAUAAGCCUUGAUUUUCUCAGUAGAACGCGGUUCAUGAGCACGCCAAAGUUGUCAACAGGAUCGGAAAUCAGUUUGACAAAGUACUGUGAGGAUUCGUCGAUGUCUGCAGAGAAGACCCCGCACCGACGCAGGAGCUCCGGUCUUAGCAAGAGGACGUUCUCUGACAACACUAGCACUUGGAGUGCACAGAGCAGCGAGUGCGAUCAGGAGAAUAUAGACCCAGGAGAUGGAACCUUUGCCCUUUCGAAAACUGCAUACAUCUGAGUUUCAUUAAAUGUACAUUGUCCCGCUUUGUUAGCCCCUUCCAAAGGCGGAGGGAUAUAGAAUUGGUGUUGUCCGUCCCUAAUUGCGUCCGCCUGUCAUUCCGCUCACCUGUCUGGUACAAACUUUUCAAAGCUAUAUCUCAGAAACUAUAUAAGAUAUCAACAUGAAACUUCAUGGUUGUAUAGAUAUCAAUAUUGAGAUGUGUCAUGCACAAGAACCAUAACCCUAGACUUUCUUAAAAAAGAGUUAUUGCCCUUUGUUUUUUAUAUGAUGUAACUUUUCGGGGCCAUAUCUCGGAUACCACACCAGAUUUAAACAUGAAACUUCAUGGGUGAAUAGAUAUCAAUAAGGAGAAUUGCCUUGCACAAGAACCAUAACCUUACACUUCCUAAAAUAAGAGUUAAUGCCAUUUGUUGUUUUUGAAUGAUGUAACUUUUCAGGGCUUAAUUUCAGAUAUGCUACAAGAUUUUGAGAUGAAACUUCAUGGGUGUAUAGAUCAAUCAGGAGAAUUUCAAUGCAUACAAUCAAUUACCCUAUACUUAAUUAAUUGUGUGUGUGGAUUAUACCGUUUACGAAGCGAUUUGCACCAAUCUCUAAACAAAAUGAAUUUUGCGGGGAAUAUCAAUUAAACAAAUUUGCUACUUUAUUAUUUGAAAUACAUUAUGCUUGAUUCUUUGAGGAGCAAAAGAUUCUAUGUUUUUUGAGUGUUUAAUUACAAAGGUGUCGGUAAGAUAGUGACUUGAAUUUGAUUGUCAAAUCUAUUUUUCCAGUUUUGACCAAGUUUUCAGAUUUUUUUGCAAGUUGUAAUGAGCUGUAUUGAUUCUAGUCCAGUAAUAUUGUCAAUUAAUAAUGUAUGGAUGUAAUACAUGUCUUGACAAAUGUUGACAUGUCAGUUGACAUACAUAUGCAAUGUUUUUAUGCCCGCGAAGGAGGGCAUAUAGUGAUCGCACUGUCCGUCACACAUUGCGUUUAGGUUUUGAAAAAUGCUCGUUACUUCUAUGUCGCUUCAGAUGUAACAUUCAUACUUGGUAUGCAUGUGUAUGUGGACAAGGCCUUUCCAUACGCACACAAAUUUUGGCCCCCUUGACCUUGAACUUAGGGUCCACGUUUAGGUUUCUAAAAAUGCUUUUAGGUUUCUAAAAAUGCUCAUAACUUCUAUCAAAGCGUUUAUCGGGGCAUAUGUCAUCCUAUGGCUCUUGUUUUCUUCAAGAAUUCUACUUAAUUGCUGCUUUUCAGUUGUUGUGUUGAUUUCAAUUACACUUAAGGUUUUGUAGAAUCAUCAUUUUUGUUGAUCGAAUUACUUUGACGCAUGAUUUUAUUUUCUUAAUUUUUUUAUAUCUUAAUGUUUGUUGGUGUUUUUUAAUUUGUUUCUUGAAAGUCACUUAUCAUGAUAUAGUAUAUGAUUUAUAAUUAAUUGACAUUUGUUUAAUACAUUUUUAGCAUUUUAAUGUCCAAAUGUUUUAAGAAAGAAAGUCUAAUUUAAAAAAAAAUAUAAAAGUUUACCUUAUCAUCACCUAUGUUUUCAAUAGGUUGCAUAUUAGUUAUAAGUUGAUAACUUUAUGCAUUGGUAGAUUUUGAAAUGUCCAUGUACAUGUAAAAACACUUUCAUUCUAAAUAAAGAAUUGUUUUGUUAGGGUGUGGACAAAAUAUUGUCUAAUUGUUGAGUUCAUUAGAUCAAAGAUCGAGGUCACAUACUCGCUGUGUACAAUUGUAGUUUGUGUAUAUUCCUUUAAAGGAUAUAGUGAUAUUUUACUUGGGCAGCCCUGUCCUACAUGUAUGUUGAGUUAUAUUAUUUUAAUACAUUGAAUACACUUCGUUCUGGAAGUUUAUUUGACAGGUGUAUAUAUUUCUAUAGCAGGCAUAUGGCUCUAGUACAGAUAGCACAAUCAUCAAUUUAUAACGAGAAUGUGUUUAAUUUAUUUAAAAAAAACACUAGCCAUUUUCCUUAUCUCUACCUUUAUUAAAUUAUACCUUUGUUUUACUCUUGUUCAGCUCCUAUUCUUACUUGUUUUCUCUGUGGCAAUGUUACACAGCUCCUUAUGAAACUUUCUACUCAUGGAGUCUACUCUUUCCCACUCAAAAGCAAAGUGGUAAUGGGCUAUUUGCAAACAGUCUAAAACCAGACCUGCUUGUGAGUUGCUUGCAGAUUGUUCAGGUUUAAUACUGUGCUGCUCAUCAAUAUGCCAGCGUUUAAACUAAAGCCUUUAAAACUUGUAUCUAGUAAUGAAGGUCCAUUAUCAAAACUUGAUUUUUAUAAGGGACUACAAACUGGUCAAAAUGCUCAUGUGAGUGAUGAAGGGUUAUGUGAACAUGUCAGUUCAAAUGUAUUAAGACAAAUGUAAUUGCUUUCAUGUAAACAAUACAUCUAAGAAAUAUUUUUUUCAAAUGGAUGUAAAUGAUUAUAUAGAGGGCAUUUGUUGGUUUUCUGUAGAUUGUUGAUUUUUAAUAAGUAACCACGUAAAGCCAAAAGUCAUCAUGUAUCAAGCCAAAAGUCAUCAUGCAUCGAUUCAUGAUUAUUACACUUAAUUAUUAAGUUUGUGUAUUAUUUGGUGUUGGUUGUAAGCUUUGUAUAUUUCGCAUAUAGCCAUAUGCCACUUGUGUUCACAUACCAAAUGUAUUCAAAAUAAAUACAUGUUUAAUAAUU